GAAGGGGAGAACGAGGGAGAGAAAAAGGCAACAAGCAGAGAGCUGUCCUAUACUGUAUUUUUGCGUCCGUAUCCCAGGAAACAAACAAACAAGGCGAGAAAGGCGCGCGCGCCUUACGCACAGCGCGCAGGAGGAGCACGAGGGCGAGCGCGCACACAUUUUGUUCGCAUGACUUUUCUCCCGGGCUUAACUGUUACUGCGAGGUACAGCGGUGUCGUGCGUGGGGAUUCCUUCACCUCGUGGGCGCAUGUAAAUCCACGCGGCGCACGCAGGACGCGUCCAAACGUUUCUUCUUCUUUUUUUUUUUUUGCACUGACCGACUCUACAUAUUCUUUUUUUUUUUUCCCCCAGAAUAACUUGUCCCGGCAAAAUACAUUUUCGGUUGGUCGACAUGAUGAUGUCAACGACUGGUGACUGGUAUUGCUGGUGACCACGCAACGUUGCCGGCGCAUCAACAUCUGCCCUCCGAGACCGUAUCGGCGCACGGCGAUAUAAUUUCUCCACUACUUCGUACUUGGCUGCGCGGCUGCGCGGCUGCGCGUCGCGGGCUCCUCUCCAGUGCGCGCUGCUCUCUCCGAGCGAACGGCUGCGGGCUGCCAUGUGGGCGAUCGCCGAGGUUCUGCUCGUGUCCGUGGCGCUGCGCGCCGGCGCGCUCGGCGGCUACGGGAUGACGAGCAUGUUCGCGGCGCAGAGCUCCCCGCCGGACCCGUGCUACGACGAGAACGGCAACCCGCGGAGGUGCAUCCCCGACUUCGUGAACGCGGCGUUCGGCAAGGAGGUGCGCGUGUCCAGCACGUGCGGGAAGCCCGCCGCCAGGUACUGCGCGGUGAGCGAGAAGGGCGACGAGCGGCACAGGAACUGCCACACGUGCGACGCGGCGGACCCCAAGAAGCACCACCCGCCCGCGUACCUCACGGACCUGAACAACCCGCACAACCUCACGUGCUGGCAGUCGGAGAACUACGUGCAGUACCCGCAGAACGUGACGCUCACGCUGUCGCUGGGCAAGAAGUUCGAGGUGACCUACGUGAGCCUGCAGUUCUGCUCGCCGCGCCCCGAGUCCAUGGCCAUCUACAAGUCCAUGGACUACGGCAAGACGUGGGUGCCCUUCCAGUUCUACUCGACGCAGUGCCGCAAGAUGUACAACCGGCAGAACAAGGCUGCCAUCACGAAGCAGAACGAGCAGGAGGCCAUCUGCACGGACUCGCACACGGACAUGCACCCGCUCUCGGGCGGCCUCAUCGCCUUCAGCACGCUGGACGGCCGGCCCUCGGCGCACGACUUCGACAACUCGCCCGUGCUGCAGGACUGGGUGACGGCCACGGACAUCCGGGUCAUCUUCAGCCGCCUGCACACCUUCGGGGACGAGAACGAGGACGACUCGGAGCUGGCGCGCGACUCGUACUCCUACGCGGUGUCGGACCUGCAGGUCGGCGGGCGCUGCAAGUGCAACGGGCACGCGGCGCGCUGCGUGCGCGAGCGCGACGGGAACCUGGUGUGCGAGUGCAAGCACAACACGGCGGGGCCCGAGUGCGACCGCUGCAAGCCCUUUCACUACGACCGGCCGUGGCAGCGCGCGACCGCCCGCGAGGCCAACGAGUGCGUCGCCUGCAACUGCAACCUGCACGCCCGCCGCUGCCGCUUCAACAUGGAGCUCUACAAGCUGUCGGGAAGGAAGAGCGGCGGCGUCUGCCUCAACUGCCGCCACAACACGGCCGGGCGCCACUGCCACUACUGCAAGGAGGGCUACUACCGUGACAUGUCCAAGCCCAUCUCCCACAGGAAGGCCUGCAAAGCAUGCGACUGCCACCCCGUGGGGGCCGCCGGCAAGACCUGCAACCAGACCACGGGCCAGUGCCCCUGCAAGGACGGCGUGACGGGCAUCACCUGCAACCGCUGUGCCAAGGGCUACCAGCAGAGCCGCUCUCCCAUCGCACCCUGCAUAAAGAUUCCCGUUGCCCCACCCACCACUAUGGCAAGUGGCCCGGAGGAGCCCUCAGACUGUGAUUCCUACUGCAAGGCAUCCAAAGGCAAGCUGAAGAUCAACAUGAAGAAGUACUGCAAGAAAGAUUACGCGGUCCAGGUGCACAUCCUUAAGGCAGACAAGGCGGGUGAAUGGUGGAAGUUCACCGUUAACAUAAUCUCUGUCUACAAGCAAGGGGAAUACCGCAUCCGACGCGGCGACCAGUUCCUUUGGGUGCGUGCCAAGGACGUAGCCUGCAAGUGCCCAAAGAUCAAGCCUGGGAAGAAAUACCUUCUGCUGGGCAACGAUGAUGACUCUCCGGACCAGAGCGGCGUGGUGGCCGAUAAGGGCAGCCUGGUGAUCCAGUGGAGGGACACGUGGGCCCGGCGACUCAGGAAGUUCCAGCAGCGCGAGAAGAAGGGCAAGUGCAAGAAGGCCUAAAAUAAGGGGCGCAUCCUUUCUGGGGAGGAGGAAGAGGAAGGAGCACGAUAUCAUGGGAAACUGAGAGCGGGGAGAGAGAGAGACAGGAGGGGGUGGAGAGAGAAGGAGAAAGGAACUGAACGUUGCUGCUUUGAGUAGAAGCAUGAAGAGUGUAUUAGGACGAUUUUUUUUCCUAGGGACUUAUUGUGAAGGAGCUCGAUUGCAGUUUUUUUUCCUAUUAUUCCCUUCAAGAUUUUUCGUGGAUUUGCCGAGUUUGCACCCAAGCUCCUUUUUCCAUCCAUUAUAAUUCCGUAGCUUUUUCAGUUCGUCUUAAGCUCCGCGUGUCGUUAUACUGCAGUUACAAGGAAACGUGCCACUGUAUCGCAGUUCUGUUCGGAAGUCGGCGCUGAGGCUACGCACCCUAUGUUGUACAGCUUUUUACCGGCAGAGGCGGUGGAACAGGAUGUGAGCGGGAGCUGUUGUCCCACGAUUCACACCUUUAGCUGCGAGUUCUUGUUUAAUGUGCGGAAAAAAAAAAAAAAAAAAACUGUGUGAGCAGCCAAGGAAAAGUUAUAGCAGAGCUUCACUUUAAAGGUGGAUUCUGCAUUCGACACGAUAAAACGGGAUCGGAAAGAACACACGCUUUUGCAAAGGGGGCAGUGUCGGUGAAACGCUAACCAGCAUCCUUGGAAUAUUAAGAAAAAUCCUUUGUUAAGAAAGCGGUCGUUACAUGGACAAUACCUCAUAGGUAAAAGCUCUCUUUGUAGGUAAAUAAGGGACCCAGAAGUUGCAUGUUUGGGUUAAAUCUACUGUGCGCAUCCUUUAACACUCUAGUCAUCACUUCAGGGGGUUUAAGUAAAUAGUUGUGGGUCUGAGACCCAGAUUUAAUUUAACAUUGCUUUGAGUGUUUCUCGCCAAUACUGAGGAUACUAAGGUGAGAAAUAUCUGUAGAUUUUACAGCUGCAGCUGCAAGGGGGGCAAAAAGCAGUAUUCUCACCUAUAGGGAAUGAAUGUUCUUAGUGUGAUGCUCUCUUGUACAGUUUAUGGUUGCAUGUGUCUCUUCCCACAAUUCUCUCAUUUACUUGUUCUCGAGACUGGUGCUGCUGUUCCAUACUUACUUUAUUAUUUUUCUUUUAUCUGUCUGCUGGAUUUCCAACAUAUAAAGACAACGGACUGUUUAAACGGCGUCUGCGACUUUACCCAGAGGUGUUUGGGCAUCCCGGAGAUCCCUUCAAAUUAGAGCACGGAUCAGAACUCGUUCUUGUUGGUUUGCGCUGGCUUGCGACGUGUCGCGUGUAUUCUUCUCGUCGUCAGGCGGUAGCGCUCAUUGUUCGAACGCCGGAUAAUGGGGUUCAGCUCUCCCGAGUCAGCGGGCGGGUAACGAUGAGGUCCGACGACGACCACACCAACAAUGCGCUUUAGCAAAGAGGCAGCUUUGCUCUGCGGGUUGGUUCAGGCCAACCCGGAGCCUUCUGGUGUGCCGGCAGGGACUGCGUUUCAAAAACGGAAUCUGUACUCAACACACACAAAGACCCAACAACUAAUCUCAGUCUAAAGCGUCUAAAGCGUAAGGUUUUUGCGGCACCCGGUGCAGAAACCCAGCUGGAUCCAGCACUUAUUUGGCGACACCACGGCAAUUGUUGAUUUCCGCUAUUUCCUCCAACGCAUGGACAAAGUUGUGUUAGAAAUACUGCUUCCAGAAGCGUACGUCUGAUUCUGCAGCCUUUACCCUGCUUGCGCUGUCAAAAUAGCUGGGUUGACAACAUCGCAGAACUGGGUGAAAAUAUAAAACAAAGGAAAUUAUUGGUCGGCCAGGCAAAAUUGAGAAACAAAAUGAGCAAAAAAAACUUCAUUAGAAACAAAAAAGCUGACUCACAAAGGCAGUGCGAGUGAACAUACAGGCACAGCAAUUUACUGCAGCGGAGCACCAGUCGGAAAACACGUAUGUCUGUGGAAAAAAUUCUGAACAGAAUAAUGCCAUUGAAAAGGUUCAUCAAACAUUCCAACUUGGCUUAAUUACAUCACGCAUUCAGUUUUUUUUUCUCUCCUGUGGCUGUAAAGAACAAAAAUGCAAAUUCAACAACAAUAAAAAGAACAAGCAUAGUGUGAAUAUAGCAAACCUGUAAUUGAUGUGUGAAUUCAUAAACCCUGAAAGCGUUCUUCCAUCCACGGAAGGGUGGCAAGUCGAUGAUAUUUAUCUGUAUAGUUAGUAUUUUGAUGUAAAUCAUUAUAUAGAUUAUAUCUAAAGAUUAACCAAAAUUCUAAUUAAUGUAGAUUAUAACAAAGAGACAAACGAACAGAAAGCGCAGUGCUGUUUGCCGGGAUAAAGGUUAAUAUGGGCACCGGCUGGCGGUUUUGUGCAGUACACAUCGAACUCGCACAGAAACGCACUCGGUCCCCGGUGGGACGCUGCUGCUGUGCUGUUAAGGAAGAUGCUUAAUGUGAAUUGCUCCAGUAAAACACCCUGUAACAAAAGGCUAAAAUUAUACGGUGCCUUGGAGGAAAGCAACAUGCUAGUGGUUGUUAAAAAAAAAAAAAAAA